AUGCGGUUUUGCUCUGUUUUGGUGCGUUUUCUGGUCCGUUUUGGUGCAUGCUCUGUUUCGGUCUUAGCAUACUCUGUUUUGGCUGUCUACUACUCCUCUGUUCAGGUGCCAAAAAUGUGGGAAAUUGGUGUGUCCAUCACUAGCUGGGAUGUUCUGAAAAGAAUGUUUCGGGAGAAAUUUUUCCCUGCCUCAAGGACCACUGCAAUUAGAAAGGAUAUAUCAGGGAUCAGGCAACUUGGCGGAGAGAGCUUGUAUGAAUACUGGGAGAGAUUUAAAAAAUUAUGUGCAAGCUGUCCCCACCACCAGAUUUCUAAGCAGCUCCUAUUGCAGUACUUUUAUGCGGGCCUGAAUAGCAUGGAGAGAAGUAUGAUUGAUGCUGCCAGUGGAGGAGCUCUUGGUGACAUGACUCCGGCUGAGGCUAGACACUUAAUUGAAAAAAUGGCCUCCAAUUCUCAACAGUUCAGCGCCAGGAAUGAUGCUAUUGUGCUAAGGGGAAUUAAUGAUGUAGCUGCUGAUUCUUCUUCAUCUGCAGAUAGGAAGCUUGAGGGGAAGCUUGAUACCUUGGUCAGUUUAGUCACUCAACUUGCCAUGAACCAGAAAUCUUCAUCUACAUCUGUGGCAAGGGUUUGUGGCAUUUGCACGUCAAAUGACCAUCAUACAGAUUCGUGUCCAUCAUUGCAGCAGCCUUCUGAUGUUCAUGGUCCUCAAGCCUAUGCUGCAAAUAUCUACAAUAACAGACCAGCGCAGCAACAACAGCAACAAAAUUACGAUCUAUCCUCCAAUAGAUACAAUCCUGCUUGGAGAAAUCAUCCCAACUUGAGGUGGGAAAAUCUCAACAACAGCAGCAGCAAAAUCCACCACCUUUCUAGAACCAUCCCUCAAGUUCUUCAUACCAGCCCCCUCAACAGAGACCUCCUCUUGCACCUGCAGCCCAACCAACUCAACCUUCUACUUCUAAGACUUCAUUGGAGGAGUUGGUUAGGCAGAUGA